UUAAGAAAAAGGUAUUUACAUAAAAAGAAGAGCAAGCCAAAAGUAUCUUUCUAGUGAUCAAAAUAAUUCAAGAAACGAUCAAAAUUCCCAUUUUAAACACUGAUUUGGGUCUUUCCUCAACGUCUUCUCCCACACUAGUUUCCAAUGGCUGAAGAGGAAAAACUAAAAGCAAAGCAAGUGGAUGAACAAACUGGCAACGAAGAACAAGAACAAGUUAAUGAACUAGAAGAAAAGUGGGUGAAAUAUUACUCGUCUUUACAUGAAAUAUUGCUUGUGGGUGAAGGAGAUUUCUCAUUCUCGGCGUGUUUAGCGCAGUCUUUUGGCUCUGCUUCCAACAUUGUUGCUUCUUCUCUUGACUCCUUUGAUGAUGUCAUCAAGAAGUACAAGAACGGUGAUUCAAACUUAUCAAUUUUGGAAAAGUUGGGUGCUUCGCAUUUGCAUGAAGUCGAUGCAACAAAAAUGAAGUUUCAUAGUGAUCUUAAAAUGCGUAAGUUCGAUAGGAUCAUAUUUAAUUUUCCUCAUGCAGGCUUCUACGGAAAGGAAGACAAUAGACAUCUCAUUGGGAUGCACAAGAAGCUUCUUAAUGGUUUCUUCCGGAAUGCAAGUGGUAUGUUACGACCAAAUGGUGAAAUACAUGUGAAUCACAAAAUUUCAGACCCAUAUUGCCACUGGAAUCUGGAGGAACUUGCUAGUGAUAAUUCUUUGAGACUAAUUGAAUGUGUUGCUUUUAAGAAGGAAGACUACCCUGGUUACGAAAACAAGCGAGUUUCAGGUUUAAAAUGUGAUGAUAAGUUCCUCUUGGGCGAGUGUUCUACCUUUAAAUUUAGUUUCUCUCCAAAUGCGAAACAGAACAUGAAGAGACUGCAGAAACCUGCAGAUUCUCCUAAGUUUGUGCCACAGCGGCCAAACUCUUUUAUGUUUAGACACCGUCCAUCGGAUCUUGUUGCAUAUGCGAGUGGCACUCCAGCAUGGAACAUAACUUUAGGAAGAAUCCCUGAACUUCUUCAAACUCUUGUACAUGCUUCUCAUCAGCAAGGAAACAUUCUUCAGCAUGGGCAACGUCAUGGACUCCUCCAGAAUCCUGCGUGUGCUUAUCAGCAAGAAAACUAUCAAGCAAACAGGCACCCCUCAUCGGAUCUUGUAACAUUUGUUACUAAAAAUCCAGCAUUGAACAUACCUUAUGGAAGAUCUUAUUUACCACUUCAAGCUCCUACAAGUGCUUCUCAGCAACAGAACUUUAUUGAACAUGUACUACCUCGUGAACUCCGUGCUUCUCAGCAAGGAAACAUUCGUGAACAUGUACUGCCUCAUGAACUCCGUCAAACUCUUAUCCGUGCUUCUCAGCAAGGAAACAUUCAGGCUCGUGAAUUCCUACAGGCCUCUUUAUGUUCUAAUCAGCAACCUCAUUAUCCCACAUCCAGGUGCCCUCCAUCUGAUAUUAAUCUGCAGAUGAGCAGCAUCCAAGGGAGUAAUGGAUCGCUGCAUGUUGACCUCAUAUUCUCGAAAUGCAAAAGCAUCUUCGGUGGGUACUUUGAACAAGUAGUAAAAGCAUUAGGAAGUCCUGAUCACAGCUCUAAAUUCCUGGAGGAAGCUUUUCAGCUUGGUUAUAAAAGGUAUAUGGCUGGAGAUCCGAGAGGAAGUCCAGGUAAUUACAAAUAUAUUCUAGAACAGCUGCGCAAAUUUGUUGGCAGAGAAUCAUGUCUAGUGAGCAGGCCUGUGGCUGUUGAAAAUAACCGUGCCAGCAACAGCAGAUUUGGACCAUUCAUGUGAACCGUUUUGAACAUAACGAACAAACCAGAGUCAAAGUUUCCUCUUCAGUACAUGGAGAACUCAACUAGCUUGCUGAUUACUUGUUUUGUUCAGCGAUGUUUGAUUUUGUUGUCAACUGCUUUUGUGCAUCUGUUGUCCAAACUUUAAUCGUUCACUCUGUUACAGUAAAUCGCUGUUCAAAUAUGUAUGAAAAGACUACUAACUUCUGGCUUUAA